AUGUCGCUUGUUGCUGAUUAUGGAUCAGAUGCGUCCAGCAGCGAAGAAGAAACGAACGUUCAAAUUGUGACAGAAACUAUGACAAACACCAAAAAACCUUUAUUAUCCUCUUUACCAAAAAGCAAAAGGAAUGGUCCUGUUAAGAUAAUGGUAGAUUUGCCAAAAUUUGAUAACGAUGAAAAUGAUGAUAUUGAUGACAAGCAAGGUUCAAGAAAAUCGAAACUCAGUUCCUCAGGUGGUAGUGGAUUAUUUGCUCUUUUACCGGCACCAAAAAGAUUAGUUACUAGUAAACAAAAUUCAACAAAUAAAUCAGUUAGUUCCUCGACUAUUAAAUCGACGACAGUAUCUACAAGGGCUGAAAUAACGAAUAUAAUACAAAGUAAAGUUGAGAAUGAAUCCUCUAAUACAAUUAAUUUAGACAAAACAGAAUCACCUAAUAUUGAAUCAAAUGUAACAACAGAAAGUUUUGCGACAAAUGAUUAUUAUUAUAAUUAUCAAUGGGAUACUGGAACAAAUUCAUAUACGGAGUGUUAUUAUGAUGAGUCCCAAACAAAUAGUGAACAAGCACAACCCGAUAAUCAAAUAGACGACGAAGCGAUUCAAAAAUUGGGAGGUAGAAGAGGUAAAGAAGGACCGAUUAUAAUCAAAGAGAUAAGUGCAGCAGAUCAAAUGGCUGAUGCAUGGCAAGCUCAAAUGGGUGAAUUAACAAAACCUGGCAAAGUAGGAGGCGGUAUAGCAUUAAAACCCACAAAAGGGCAAAAGAGAAAACAUAAUUUAAUGUAUUUGGCUUAUCAAGCUUCUGCAAUGGAGAAUGACUUAAAAGAACAAUUUGCAGCAAAUAAGAAAACCAAACGAGAGACCCAAGCAAAAUAUGGAUUUUAA